CAACCCCGCGUUGUAUCUGCCAUUACUUCAAUCUCAGCUGAUUCCGUGUCGACUUUGUUGUCGUUUCGAAUUUCCAAAAUUCGCAUAAAAGGCCACAAUCCUUCAUUGUCACAUUUCAAGAACAAGUGCUCCAAUCUGCCACUUCUUCUUCGCCCCCCAUGAGCCCAGAAAUUUGGUGAUCGGUCACAUUUUUCGACCGCUUGACGUUCCAAAGAUGGGGGCCGGCGUGAGCGCAGGCGAGAACAACGACGAUCUCAUCGACAACCUCAUCGAGGCGAACUACAUCAAGACGUCAACGGUGGAGAGGGUGUUUCGGGCCGUGGACAGGGGCGCAUACUUCCUGCCGGAGCCCCCAGCGGACGCCUACAGAGAUGUGGCGUGGAAGAACGGCAAUUUCCACAUCUCGGCCCCGUGCAUCUACAGCGAGGUCAUGGAGGGGCUCAAACUGCGGCCCGGRUUGAGCUUUCUCAACCUGGGCUCCGGCACGGGGUAUUUGAAUACGGUGGCAGGACUGAUACUAGGCAGCUAYGGUAUCAACCACGGCAUCGAGCURCACGACGACGUGAUCCAAUACGCCUACCUGCGUCUCGAGGAGUUCAAGAAGCAUUCGGGCGCCAUCGACGAGUACGACUUUUGCGAACCGAAAUUCAUGCAAGGCAAUUGUCUCUGCUUGGCCAGUGCCUACCACUUGUACGAUCGCGUCUACUGCGGAGCGGCUUGUCCCGAGAAGUAUCUAAGCCACAUAAAAAAUUUGAUCAAAGUUGGUGGCAUUUUGGUCGUACCGAUCAACGAACGUCUCGUCGAGAUGAGAAGAGUCUCGGAAACGAGUUGGUCGACGCAUUAUUUGCUACCUGUCUCGUUUACAAAUCUCGUCAAGCCGGAACAAGGCACUCAGGAGAUCGUACCAACAUUUGACAUUGAACCUUUGUCAUUGCAAGAAUUGUGCAGGACCACGAUUAGGAAUCUAUUGAGGAGGAUUAUUGAAGUUGAACAUCCGGCUGUCAAGAAUGUUAGGAAGACGAGGAAGACAUCCAAGAAGAAAAAACCGCUUAAAAAAAAUGGUAGGAAGGACACGAAUCCGAAAACAUCCGAAGAACUCCUCGACUUCUUCUUACUAACAAUUGCACGCAAGAAGAGACGGGAGACGUCCACGGCCACUCACGAUCAUGACAAUUCAUCAAGUUCUGCCAACAACGACGAUGAUUCUGAGGGACCAUCGUCAGAGAGCGAUGAUUCUUCUUUGGAGGAUCCGCUUGAGACAAUGCAAGAAGCUUUCCACGUUUUAGACAGACAAACUAAUCACGUGGUGCCCUCAACAAGUAAUUCGGUCGAAGCUUGCAGUAGCAAGCAAGUCGAAGAUGUGAAAAUCGAAAGCCAAGUCAUUAUACAUAGAGAGGCCGACGAGGAGCGAGCCGAAAACAAAGUGAGUUACAAUAUAACAGUCGAACCGAUGGUAGUAGAGGAAGCGGAACAGAACGAGCGUAAAAAUAACAGAGAUAAGUUCGAUAGUGGGUUAGGUGACGAAUUGCUCAUUUCUGAAUUGCCUGUGGAUAUGGUGGAGGCAAUGUCGAGCAGUAGCGAUGACGAGCAGAGUAAUAAAAGGUGCAAGAGAGGCUUGAAGGAGAAAGAGAAAAGAUUGAGUUCAAAAUGGCGCAAAAUCGAUAGAAUUGAUACGCCGAAAAAAUGUGAUAGUGAUGAUAGUUCAGACAAUGAUGAUAAAAGUGAUAGUGAGAGUGAUUAUGUAGAUGCGAUGAAUAGAAUGAAGAUGUACAUGAGUCCGUACAGUGGACACAUGAAGAGCAAGAUUCAACAACUGCCUCUACCAUCCAAUGUCAAAAAAUUUCUCAACUUUUACAGAGAAUUUUAAUUACGAAACUAAUCAGAGACCAGUCUUGCGUGUUUAGUUGAAUUUUGAAUUAAUUUCAAUGACUGGACUAACCUGUUAUAUAGACUAGAGAGGAGUUGUUAGGGGCAUUCGUAAUAAACACUGCAAUGUUAUCAAAUAGGGAUGUAUCUAAAGGAAUUUUAUACAUUGGUGAUAUUCUGGAAAUUAUAUGUUAGAUUUGAGUUUUACGCAUUUUUUCAUGUACUCACAGUUGUGCUAAGUUUUUUUGUUGUUUAGUUUGAUUAAAGUUUUUGGCUGACUAAAA